AUGGAGGAGCCCAACACAACAGACCUCUCUCUGAACAACAGCACUGAUGGAUAUGUGGACUAUGGGGAAAAUAUUGAACACGAAUGCUUCAGUCUACCCUAUGGACUGAUGGUCUUCACAGGUGUCUGUAUGGGGAUUUCUCUCUGUGGACUUGUAGGGAAUGGAAUAGUCGUGUGGUUCCUGGGCUUCCACAUGAAGCAGAACCCUUUCACCAUCUAUGCUUUAAAUCUAGCUGUUGCUGACUUCUCUCUCCUCCUCCUAUAUUUUCUGCUCAUAUUGGCCGUUCUGACCGUAGCAGCAGCUUGUCCUUACCUGUAUAGUUUUAUUUCUUACUACAGAGAUUUUGCGUUUGCAGUUGAGUUUCUGUGCCACUUCUUUGACCUCAGCAGCCUGGGUCUGCUGACAGCCAUCAGCGUGGAGCAGUGCAUCUCUGUCCUCUUCCCGAUCUGGCAUCGCUGCCACCGCCCAAAGCACUUCUCAGGUGCUGUGAGUGGGGUGCUCUGGGCUCUUGCUGGAAUCCUUGUUUCCUCAAGGUAUCUCAGCUUAAACGUCGCUGAAAGCGACGAGACAGUAUUUACAGAUGUAACCAUGGUGGUUUCCAUGAUGUUGUCAUUGGUGAUGUUGAUUUCUGACCUGUCCCUCUUCAUGAAACUCCGAUGUGGCUCACAGAGAUGCCAGCAGGGGCAACGCAGCAUUUCUGUCCUUCUCAGCGGGAUCUUCUUCUUGGCUCUUGGGAUUUCUUUCGGUGUAGAGGUUUUCCUCAACCUUGCAAGUUCGCUUGAAUUAUUCCCUGAAAAUUUCCUGCUGGAUUUGCUGAAUUGCAGCGUCGCUCCUGUCGUUUACUUCCUGGUGGGGAUUUGUCAGCAGUGCAGGCUCCAAGGCUCCAUGAAAUCCACCUUCCGCCGAGUGUUUGAUGAGACAGUGAUGAGUGCUGAGGACAGCCACGUGCCUGAGGACACUGUGGCAGAAACUACUGUAUAA